AUGGUGGCCGUGAAUCAGGCUUUCCUGCGCUCCGUGAGGGGAGGCUUAAAGAUCGCCCGCAUGGUCAUAGCUCUCGCUGCAACCAUCAGUUUUGGAGUUGGCAGUUCUCAUGAAGCUUAUCUCACACUUGCUAUCAUAGAACUUGUUGUCACUUCCUUAUUCUUUGUACUCUAUUUGCUGGAAUUGGAAAAAUUGAUGAAGUGCUUAUUUUGGCCUUUGGCUGACGCCUUCAACUCGCUGGUGGCAGCACUGUUCCUCUUCAUUUUGGGCCUGUGUGCAACCAUAAUAAAGAGCACACGUGAAACUUUCGUUGGAGGAGUGUUUUUGCUAAUUCUGUGUGUUCUUUGUAUAGCAGAUGCUGCUAUACUCCUGAGAAAGGUUACUUUUAAUAAUGCUUCAAUAAGGAAUAUUUUUCGAAGAUAGAAUGACCAACAACACAAAGUCUAAUUUAUAAUCCAUUUGGAAAACCUGUUGAGUGAUAGGCUGUUCAUGUUGCUUUUUCUUGUUUUUUUUAAAAAACCAAGAACCAGUCCAGCCAAUCAAACACUUUUGAUUAUUAUUGAUUUCAACGGGACAAUUUUUAAGCAUGUGCUCAACUCUCCCAUCAAAAUCAAGCCAUCUAAAAAUGCUUGAUUUCAGCUGGCUUGUGCUCUAGUUUAAAAUAUAUAUAUCUAGGAAUGUAAACAUGUUUUUCUGCCCUUAUUUUCUAAAACAUCUUCCUUUUCACUGGUACGAACAUCUGUAAAUAAAAGUGGUCCCGUGUAUUUCAUGAAAUACAGCAGUUAGCAGUUCUAGCUAAUGUUACGUUUCAAAUGAUUAUCAAGUGAUGCUUUCUGAACUGGUUUGUAUGAAAUUUUAAAUGUGUUAAAUUAAAAGGCUUACCUGUAAUAAUA